AUAAGAAAACGUAGGAGUGGACAAGCCAUAUAGUUCUAUGGCUGUGGUAUCUCUAUGGUAUCUAUAUAUUGCAGCGAUCACAGUGUAAACAUAAGGGGGGAGGAUGACUGAGGCUGUCUUUUAUUUAAAUUAUUUUCCCCUGGACAACACGUACAGUGUGCUGUUGUAAAAAAUCAGUUUUCCAUAGUACCUUAUGUUAGAUUUCCCUUUGCUUUUAGCGAAUUUUACACUACCUUUCUUAUAUGUCCUUGGUGUUCGACUAAACACGCCCGUAAAGGUAAAGUGUAGUAGUCAUUUCACUUGACUUGUCACCGUCCACACAGCUAUGGCCUCGCCGGUUUUAUCUGCUUCUUUUAGUGAUUGUGAUAUAUUAAAACGUUCGAUGUUAGAGGAUGAUCCAAACUCCAACUCUUCCUUAUCUUCUGAAUUAGAAGACUUAAAAAAUCCUCGUUGGGGGCCCUCCCACAAGGGUGCUCAAGAAUUAGCUCAGCUUUACAGCAGAGGCAAAAGAAUCCAAGAGAUCCUUUCAGUAGUUGUUGCUGUUGCAUUGAUGGUGACUGAUCUGUGUUAUUUGAUAUAUUACUUUCAACUUGAAUCAAUUGGUGUUAUUCUACUUUCUGGAUGUGCUGGUAUUGUGUCAGCAGAUUUUUCUUCUGGACUUCUUCAUUGGGCUGCUGAUACUUGGGGCUCUGUUGACCUUCCUGUUCUUGGAAAGAAUUUUAUUAGACCUUUCCGAGAGCAUCACAUUGAUCCGACAGCCAUUACUCGCCACGAUUUCAUUGAAACAAACGGAGACAAUUUUAUGGUGAUCAUUUUGCCUUUAGGAUACAUGGCUUUCAAUUUAUCUUUCCAUCCAGAAGAUCAAAUAAUUCGUUCCUAUGCUUGGUACUGUUACCUUUUCCUUUUUUCGAUUUUUAUUUCCGUGACCAAUCAGAUUCAUAAGUGGUCACACAUGUACUAUGGACUUCCUAAAUGGGUUCAGUACUUACAAAAUGGUCACGUAAUUCUACCACGUAAGCAUCACCGCAAACAUCACGUAUCGCCUCACGAAACGUACUUCUGCAUUACAACUGGAUGGCUGAAUUGGCCUUUGGAAAUCGUGCAAUUCUGGAAAGUACUCGAAUAUUUAAUUGAAAGUGCCACUGGUCAAAAACCGCGUGCCGAUGAUUUCAAAUGGGCUGAAAAAAGGAACUAAUGAGAAAUGUGUCGGCGUCAAGCGAUGCAAUUUCUAACUUUGUGAAACACGUAUGUAAGCUUCAAAUUUCAAACAGUAUUGCUUGGUACAGCUCAUUAGAAUUUGCCUAUAUCUAUACUUUGCACCAUGCAGUGAUUGAUUCCUAUUCAUGGUGAGGCUUAAUACCACAUAAGAUUUGAUUAUAUUUGUUGUGGUCUCUCUGCCAAUAAUUAACUCCUUAAAUUAUGUAUAAGGCGUCAAACCUUUAACAAGUACUUGAGAUGUAAAAUAAUAUACACUUUUUACAAUAA